CGGAUCUCAAUAUUAAUAUGGUUCUCUCAAAUAUUUUCUAAAAUUCUCAUCCUCAAAAGAUUAAACACAAUAACAUUUUAUAUCGAGUUAUACUGAAAAGAUAUAUUUUACAAUGUAUAUAAACUUGAGGGAGAAAAAAUAAAGCUGCACUUUUGUACGCCAUUAGAGGGACACAAUGUAAACUAACAAACUGAGUUACUAUAUACAUUUUGCACAAACACAAAAAAAAAAAAUUUAUAUAUAACAAAUCCCACAUUGUUCCUUUUUCUCUUACCCUCUGCAUAAACACUGUCACGCACUAUAUAUAAUCCUCAUUAGUAGUAUUAAUCUUCCUCCAAGAUAGUAUUUGUUUAACUAUAGAUUAGUAACUACAUUUUGAGAAUGGGAGGUUUAGGUUCACCAUGUGGAGGCUGCAAGUUCUUGCGUAGGAAAUGUGUAGAAGGUUGUGUAUUUGCACCAUACUUUUGCUACGAAGAAGGGUCCGCUAAUUUUGGAGCCAUUCACAAAGUCUUUGGAGCCAGCAACUUCUCUAAGCUCAUCUCUAAUCUCCCUGUUCAUGACCGUUGUGAAGCCGUACGAACCAUCUCUUACGAGGCUCAGUCUCGUCUCCAUGAUCCUAUUUACGGCUGCGUCUCCCAAAUCUUCUCCCUCCAGCAACAGGUUGUUAGUCUACAAGCACAAGUGGUACUCCUUAGAGAACAAGCUUCUAGAAAGUUCCCUCAAGAGGAUUGCAUGGAACAAGGGAAGGUUGUAGCUCAAGAUAUGCCUCAAGAUCUUCACAACUGGUUUCACCAAGUAGUCUCAGACUCCAACCUUAACCAGAUGAGUGAUGUUGCAUCAACGACCAUGGACCGCAACGAGUCAUUUUGCAGCUCAAGUGAAUCUCUUUACUACCCGGAAGUCAUGUUUCCAUGGUCUGUUUGAGUACAAGUGACUAGUUUGCGUGAGAAUGGAACUUAUAUUCUUCUAGAAACUUUGCUCCUAUCGACCUUUUGAUUCUUUGCAUCUCAAAAAUCAAAUCCACCAACCAUUUUUCUCUUUGGAUUUAACUGUUUCUUCAACGAUCCUUCAUAGAAACAACAUUAGUUUUAAACAAGUGACCCAAAA